CCGAGCCGGGAGCUGAGCGCGCUGGGCGCGGCCGUCCCGCUGCCGCCCUCGCCGAGCCCCGAGUGCGCCCGCGGCCAUGCUCUCCGCGGUAGCGCCGGGAGCCUGAGCCCCGGGACGCGAGCACUGGAGGCAGGCAGCCGGGUGUGCGGGCGCUCCGGAGAGGCCGACAGAAGGUGAGCGCUGUGGGCUAUGGGAUGGAUGAGGUGGAGCAGGACCAGCAUGAGGCCCGACUCAAGGAGCUGUUUGACAGUUUUGACACGACAGGAACCGGGUCCCUUGGACAGGAAGAACUCACUGACCUUUGCCACAUGCUAAGCUUGGAGGAGGUUGGCCCGGUACUGCAACAGACACUGCUUCAGGACAACCUCUUGGGCAGGGUGCAUUUUGACCAAUUCAAAGAAGCAUUAAUACUAAUCUUGUCUAGGACUUUGUCUAAUGAGGAGCACUUUCAAGAACCAGACUGCUCCCUGGAAGCUCAGCCCAAAUAUGUUAGAGGUGGGAAGCGUUAUGGACGAAGGUCCUUGCCUGAGUUUCAAGAAUCUGUGGAGGAGUUUGCAGAGGUGACAGUAAUUGAGCCACUAGAUGAAGAAGCGCGACCUUCACACAUCCCAGCUGGUGACUGCAAUGAGCACUGGAAGACGCAACGCGGUGAGGAGUAUGAAGCAGAAGGCCAGCUACGGUUUUGGAACCCAGAUGACUUGAGUGCCUCACAGAGUGGGUCUUCCCCUCCCCAAGACUGGAUAGAGGAGAAACUGCAGGAGGUUUGUGAUGAUCUGGGGAUCACCCGGGAUGGUCACCUGAACCGGAAGAAGCUGGUCUCCAUCUGCGAGCAGUAUGGUUUGCAGAAUGUUAAUGGGGAGAUGCUUGAAGAAGUAUUUCAUAAUCUUGAUCCCAAUGGCACAAUGAGUGUAGAAGAUUUUUUCUAUGGCUUGUUUAAAAAUGGAAAAUCCCUUACACCGUCAGCCUCUACUCCUUACAGACAACUGAAAAGGCACCUCUCCAUGCAGUCCUUUGAUGAGAGUGGACGUCGUACCACAACCCCAUCGGCGAUGACGAGUACCAUUGGCUUUCGGGUCUUCUCCUGCCUGGAUGAUGGGAUGGGCCAUGCAUCUGUAGAGAGAAUACUAGACACCUGGCAGGAAGAGGGCAUUGAGAACAGCCAGGAGAUCCUAAAGGCCUUGGAUUUCAGCCUUGAUGGAAAUGUCAACUUGACAGAAUUGACACUAGCUCUUGAAAAUGAACUUUUGGUCACCAAGAACAGCAUUCACCAGGCAGCUCUGGCCAGCUUUAAGGCUGAGAUCCGGCAUUUGUUGGAACGAGUUGAUCAAGUGGUCAGAGAAAAAGAGAAACUACGGUCAGACCUGGAUAAGGCUGAGAAACUUAAGUCACUAAUGGCUUCAGAAGUGGAUGAUCACCAUGCGGCCAUAGAGCGGCGGAAUGAGUACAACCUUAGAAAACUAGAUGAAGAGUACAAGGAACGUAUAGCAGCCUUAAAAAAUGAACUCCGAAGAGAGAGGGAGCAGAUCCUGCAGCAGGUGGGCAAGCAGCGCUUGGAACUCGAACAGGAAAUCGAAAAGGCAAAAACAGAGGAGAACUACAUUCGGGACCGCCUUGCCCUCUCUUUAAAGGAAAACAGUCGCCUGGAAAAUGAGCUUCUGGAAAAUGCAGAGAAGUUGGCAGAGUAUGAGAAUCUGACAAACAAACUUCAGCGAAAUUUGGACAAUGUGUUAGCUGAAAAGUUUGGUGACCUAGAUCCCAGCAGUGCUGAAUUCUUUCUGCAAGAAGAAAGGCUGACUCAGAUGAGAAAUGAGUAUGAGCAGCAGUGCAGGGUAUUACAAGACCAAGUGGAUGAACUCCAGUCCGAGCUAGAAGAGUAUCGUGCACAAGGCAAAGCAUUCAGGCUUCCCUUGAAGAACUCGCUGUCAGAAGAACUUGAUGUUAAUAGUGGCGGCAUUGAGCCUGACCAGGGACUGGGUUCUGAAGAAUGUAAUCCACUCAAUAUGAGCAUCGAGGCUGAGCUGGUCAUUGAACAGAUGAAAGAACAACAUCACAGGGACUUGUGUCACGUAAGACUGGAGCUUGAAGACAAGGUGCGCCAUUAUGAAAAGCAGUUGGAAGAGACCAGGCUCACCUGUGAAAAGGAGCAGGAGACCAUGAAGCAGAAGUACGAGCAUGGCAUGCACACCUUGGAAAAACAAAUAAAUGACCUUCAAAGUGAAAUUGCAGAACUCCAGGGGCAGGUCAUGGCACUGAAGGAGGCGCACCGGGAGACCUGCUGCCAGCAUGAGGAGGAGAAGAGGCAACUGCAGGUGACGUGGGAUGAGGAGAAGGCUCGCCUGAGGGAGGAGCUCAGGCUGGAGCACAAGCUGGAGCUCAAGGCCCGACUGCAGCAGGCGGAGGAAGGCUUUAGCCAAGAGAGGGAAGGACUCAUCCAGAGUAGCACCUGGACGGAGGAGAAGGUGAGGGGCUUGACUCAGGACCUAGAGCAGUCUCACCAGGAGCAGCUGACAAGCCUGGUGGAGAAGCACACUCUUGAGAAAGAGGAGUUGAGGAGAGAGCUCUUGGAGAAGCAUCAAAGAGAACUUCAAGAGGGAAGGGAAAAAAUGGAAACAGAGUAUAAUAGAAGAACUUCUCAUAUAGAAGCCCAGUUUCAGGCUGACUGUCAGAAAGUCACUGAGAGAUGUGAAAAUGCUCUGCAAAGCCUAGAGGGGCGCUACAGCAAAGAGCUGAGGGACCUUCUAGAACAGCAACUGGAGGAGAAAUCUCAGUGGCAGUUUGAGAAGGAUGAGCUCACCCAAGAGUAUGCAGAAGCCCAGGAGCAGCUUAAGAAGACUCUUCAGAGGGAGAAAGCAACUUCUUUGGUCCUGUCCCAGGAGAGAGAGAUGCUGGAGAAGACAUACAAAGAACAUUUAAACAGCAUGGUCCUAGAGAGAGAGCAACUGCUCCAGGACCUGGAAGACCUACGGAAUGUAUCUGAAAGUCAGCAAAAUCUACUGUCUGAUCAGAUACUUGAGCUGAAGAGCAGUCACGAAAAAGAACUGAGAGACCGAGAGCAGGUCCUCUGCCAGGCAGGGGCCUCAGAACAGCUGGCCAGCCAACAGCUUGAACAGUUACAAAUGGAACGUGAACAGGAAAGGCAGGAGAUGGUGGCCAAGCUUCUGGCCAUGGAGACCAUCCACAGAGUGACCUGUGAGAAAGCAGAUCAAGAGAGGGCUGAGAUGAGCACAGAAAUCUCCAGACUGCAAAAUAAAAUUAAGGACAUGCAGCAGGCAGCAAAUCCUCUCUCCAGGCUUCAGGGUAGCUGUCAAACAACAGGAGAAGAUGAGGAGGAAGGAAAUGGGACCAUGUCCCUGCUUCAGCAAGGGGAACAGCUGUUGGAAGAAAACGGAGAUGUCCUUGUAAGCUUGCAGAGAGCUCAUGAACGCGCAGUGAAGGAAAAUGUGAAAAUGGCUUCUGAGAUUUCCAGAUUGCAGCAGAGGCUGCAAAGACUAGAGCCAGGGUCGGUGAUGUCAUCUUGUUUAGAGGAGCCAACUACUGAGUUUUUUGGAAAUUCUAUGGAACAGACAGAAUCAUUUUCAUCCCCAAACCAAAUGAAGCAAGAAAAAGGUGAAACUGCACCAUGCAGGCUAAGUGACUUGCAAGAUGAUGAGGUCCAGGACCUGGGGAGUACUGCGACAAGCUCUGUUCAGAGACAGGAGGUCAAAAUUGAGGAGUCUGAAGCUUCUAUAGAGAGUUUUUCUGAGCUAGAAAACAGUGUAGAGACCAGGACCGAAUCCUGGGACCUGAAGAAUCAGAUUAGUCAGCUUCGGGAGCAACUAAUGAUCUUACGCGCAGAUUGUGACCGAGCUUCUGAAAAGAAACAGGACCUGCUUUUUGAUGUUUCUGUGCUAAAAAAGAAACUAAAAAUGCUUGAGAGAAUCCCUGAGGCUUCUCCCAAGUAUAAGCUGCUAUAUGAAGAUGCAAGCAGAGAAAAUGACUGCCUCCAGGAAGAGCUGAGAGUGAUGGAGACACGCUACGAGGAGGCUCUGGAGAACAACAAAGAGCUCACUGUGGAGGUUUUCAGGUUGCAGGAUGAGCUAAAGAAAGUGGAAGAAGUGACUGAAACAUUCCUUAGCCUGGAGAAGAGUUAUGAUGAGGUCAAAACAGAAAACGAGGAGCUAAACGUUCUGGUUUUGAAGCUUCAAGGGAAGAUUAAAAAACUGCAGGAAAGAGCAGCCUUGCAGUGUGGCUCCUUCUCCUUGUGGGAAGACUGUUCAGACAACUUGAAGGUCGAGUGUGAUGAGAAGGUACUUGAACUCAAUCAGACGCUGGAAGAGUGUGUGCCUGAGGUUUUGAGGGCAUGCCAUAUUUUAGAAGAAUGCAACCAAGAAAACCAGGGCCUUGAGCAGGGCAGAACGCGAAUCUCCAAAAAAAUAAAAGCACAUGAAAUCCCUCAGGUGUAUGGAACAGUUCAGACAUAUCAAGAAAAUUCCAGAGGUGGGACUCAAGUUAUACUGGAGGAAAGCCCUGUUCUCCUAGGCCUUCAAGAUAAACAUGUUCAGCGUCAGGCCACAAUAGCAGAGUUAGAACUGGAGAAACAGAAGCUACAGGAGCUGACUAGAAAGUUAAGGGAGAGAGUCACUACCUUAGUUAAGCAGAAAGAUGUACCUUCUCAGGGAGAGAAGGAGGAAGAGCUGAAGGCAAUGAUGCAUGACUUGCAAAUCACAUGCAGUGAGAUGCAGCAGAAAGUUGAACUUCUGAGAUAUGAAUCUGAAAAGCUUCAAGAGGAGAAUUCUAUUUUGAGAAAUGAAAUUACUACUUUAAAUGAAGAAGAUAGCAUUUCUAGCCUGAAAUUAGGAAAAUUAAGUGGAUCUCAGGAAGAACUGUGGCAAAAAAUAGAAACUGUAAAACAGGAAAAAGCUGAAGUUCAGAAGGUGGUUGAAAAUUUAAAAAAACAGAUUUCAGAUUUAAAAAUCAAAAACCAACAGUUGGAUUUGGAAAAUGCAGAGCUUAGCCAAAAGAACUCUCAAAACCAGGAAGAAUUGCAAGAACUUAAUCAACGUCUGGCAGCAAUGCUAUGCCAGAAGGAAAAAGAGCCAGGAAAUAGUAAAUUCAAGGAAUGGGAACAAGAAAAGUCUGAUCUGAAAGAAGAACUAGAACACUGUAAAGUGCAGUCCUCUACUUUAGUGUCUUCUUUGGAAGCAGAACUUUCUGAAGUUAAAAUACAGACUCAUAUUGUGGAACAGGAGAACCUCCUUCUCAAAGAUGAACUGGAGAAAAUGAAACAACUGCACAGAUGUCCUGAUCUCUCUGACUUCCAGCAAAAAAUUUCUAGUGUUCUAAGCUACAAUGAACAACUGCUGAAAGAAAAAGAAGCUCUGAGUGAAGAAUUAAAUAGCUACGUGGAUAAGGUGGCAAAAUCAAGACGUUUAGAGCACAGAAUUGCUACAAUGAAGCAAGAACAAAAGUCUUGGGAGCACCAGAGUGAGAGCUUGAAGUCACAGCUGGUAGCUUCACAGGAAAAGGUUCAGAAUUUAGAGGAAACCCUGCAGAAUGUGAAUCUUCAAAUGUCUCGGAUUAAAUCUGACCUCCGAGUGACUCAGCAGGAAAAGGAAGCUUUGAAACAGGAAGUGAUGUCUUUACACAAACAACUUCAGAAUGUGGGUGACAAGAACUGGGACCCAGAAAAAGCCACCCAUCCAUCAGGGCUCCAUAGCCAGCAGAAAAGGCUGUCUUGGGACAAGUUGGAUCAUCUGAUAAAUGAGGAACAACAGCUGCUUUGGCAAGAGAAUGAGAGACUCCAGACUGUGGUACAGAACACCAAAGCAGAACUCACACACUCCCGGGAAAAGGUUCGUCAGUUGGAAUCCAACCUUCUUCCCUCCAAGCACCAAAAACAUCUAAACCCAUCAGGUACUGUGAAACCCACAGAGCAAGAAAAGUUGAACUUAAAGAGAGAAUGUGAUCAGUUUCAGAAAGAACAAUCUCCUACUAAUAAGAAGGUUAAUCAGGUGAAUUCCCUUGAACGAGAAUUAGAAACAAUUCAUUUGGAAAACGAAGGCCUGAAAAAGAAACAAGUGAAACUGGAUGAGCAGCUACUGGAGAUGCAGCACCUGAAGUCCACUGUGAUGCUUAGCUCAUCCCCUCACUGGGAUCUGCAGCUGCUCCAGCAGCAAGCCUGUCCGAUGGUGCCCAGGGAGCACUUUCUGCAGCUUCAACACCAGCUACUACAGGCAGAAAGGAGAAAUGAGCACCUACAGGAGGAACUUGACAACAGGACCUCCGAAACCAACACACCACAGGCCUUGCUACCGGAGCAGCGAGCAGUGCAUGCAGAUUCCUACAGAAGGAUUGGGCACCUGUGAAAACUGGGCUGCUAUUGAUGGCAUUUGUUACUAUGGCAGACUCUCAAAUGCACACACCCACACACACACAUAAACCACACUAACAGAGGCAUAAGCUGAGACAUGAAAUAAGUGCUCUUUAAAAUUAUUCUAUUAUGAUUUUUACUAUUAAGCCUUUGCAGUAUUAUUUAUUUAUGUAGAAAUGACAGAUCUUGUGAAUCAAAUUCACAAAUUUCUGCUUGUUACAAAUCAUUUUAUUUAUACCAUUUAAAGAGUGUGGAUUUAAGAUUCUUGAAAGGAUGUAUUCUAUAUAUUUUCUCAUUCCAUAAGUUGUAAUUAUUUUUAACAAAAGGUUCUACUUUUAUAUAUGGAAUUUGAAGAGAAUCAGGGUUAUUUAUACUGUUUUGUAUAAGAUGUAUAAUACUUUUUGCCAGAAAAAAGGAAAUUUUUGAUGAAACAAUAAAAUAAAUUUUAAAUAUA